AACAGUUGCCGCCACUGGCUAUCUCCCGGUCGUGGAUGGAUAAAGUGCCCUCCGUAUCGCGCCCUCCGAAAGAAUGCGAGCUCUGCUACUCGCUCCCCUUCUCAGACAAGAGGGAAGUUAGGAUACUCCAAUGGCCUCCCUUCCUUUUACUUCGCUCCAUUCACAAACGUACCACCACCCCGCAUCAUUUCUGAACGCGCCCUCUCUCUCCAGACCCUCUCCUUCAAGGUCCAUACCCACCGUCAACCACUUCGUCGCCGCUUUCCCUUCCAUCUCCGAUUCAAUUCCCAGAGCCAGUAUCUCCAUUUUACACUCCAUCGGCGAGCAGUCAGCUUCUUCCCAGACCACUGAUGACGCCCUGGAUGCCGCGGCAUCUCUGGAGUCCCCCCUUGACAUGGAAAUCUGCUUCUUGGACCCCGAAACCCCACCGGCAUCAAUCAAGGAGUGGGAAAUUGACUUCUGCUCUAGGCCGAUACUGGACAUCCGGGGGAAGAAGAUGUGGGAGCUCAUCGUCUGUGACGCCACAGUGUCGCUGCAGUUCGCCAAGUUCUUUCCCAACAAUGUCAUCAACAGCGUAACGCUCAAGGAGGCCAUCCUUUCGAUCACGCAGGCGCUUGGCGUCCCGUUGCCGGAACGCGUCCGGUUCUUCCGAUCUCAGAUGCAGACGAUUAUCACGAAAGCUUGUACGGAGCUCGGAAUAAAGCCGAUCCCCAGUAGAAGGUGUAUAUCACUACUAAUAUGGCUGGAGGAGAGGUAUGAAACUGUUUAUUCACGCCAUCCUGGUUUCCAGAAAGGAUCAAAACCACUUCUUGCUCUAGAUAAACCGUUUCCUAUGGGCCUUCCUGAGAAUCUAGUUGGAGAGAAGUGGGCAUUUGUUCAGUUACCAUUUUCAGCCAUCAAACAAGAGAUUUCAGCACUGAAGACAGGAUUUGCUUUUGUUGGAAGUCUGGAUUUAGACUUACUGGGGAUCAACAUCGAAGAUAGCACACUCAUACCAGGACUAGCAGUUGCAUCUUCACGUGCUAAACCUUUGGCAGCUUGGAUGAAUGGGUUGGAGUUAUCAUCUGUGGAAGCUGACACUGGCCGGGCGUGCUUGAUUCUUUCUGUUGGAGUUUCUACAAGGUAUACUUAUGCCACCUAUAGGAAGACUCCAGCUGCAACCCAGGAGGCCGAAGCUUGGGAAGCAGCCAAGAAGGCCUGCGGGGGGCUGCAUUUUCUGGCCAUCCAAGAGGAUCUAGAUUCAGAUGACUGUGUUGGGUUCUGGCUCCUACUAGACCUGCCACCUCCUCCAGUAUAAAAUUAAUUGUCAUUUUCUUCUGCAUUUUCUAUUUGUAUUCUAACUAUUAUUCUUUGUAUUGAAAACUUCUAUGAUCA